AUGAUUGUCGUCGACGAGGAUGCCACGCUAGAGCUACAGGUCAAGACUGUCAAAUACUUCAAAAGCAUAGAGCGAGUGGGAAAUGAGCUUGGCUUCAGACAGAAGCUGCCCUGCAAGCGUGAUUCAGUUGUCGAUGGAGGAAACUCGCCUCUCUCGACGACACGUCGGACUGCGCUGAAGUUGAGCGUCGGACAGUUCGACAUGUCUCGCUCGGCCAGUCCACUGCUCGAGCCGAUGAGUGCUCGGCUGUCUGAUGAAGAGGUGACAACUCUGCUUCCCAUGGACGCACUUGAGGACUCGCCCACGACGCGUAUGAGUGCUCGUGUCGGGGUGUGA